UCAUGGGAACAGAAGGGAGGAUGUUGUGUAGGAUGUGAUUAGGGCAUACGGGAUUUAAUUAAUAUUGGAAAUUAAUAGGUUAACAUGGUACUGGAAUGUGUAAUGGAUGAGUGGUAGAGGAAACGGUUGAACAUGCAUUAUUAUUUUUUGAUGAUUUGAUAGGGUCUGAGAUGUUGGACGGAAAGCCACAUCGAAUUUAGUCCUACAUUGAACACCACACAUUGGUUGAUACUGUAUGCUGAAUGAUAGAACUGCUAUUUCCAUUUUUAAAUGUUAUGUGAUGCAUUUUCUUCAUUGUUUUUUAUGCUAGGCCCCUCUGGUAGGCCUACAUUAUGAUCAGUUAGCCACAGUAGCCUGAUUGGCCACUGUUAGAACAGUAAAUUAAAACGGGUACAGUAAACGCUCGCCGGAAAUUGCAUAGCAAUUUCACAAGGUUCAAGACCUGACAUUUGCUCAUGUUAGAGGGAACAUUUGAUUAUGACUCGUACUGUGGGGCUCUAUUGUUAGGGCGGAGAAACGUGUAUCUUGUCAGUAUAUCCAUAAUCUUUGCUGUUGCCAUUUGGCAGCUGUUGCCUUGUAGCUUUAGCUACCUGAGUAGCAAAUGUUAGCAAGUUAGCUAGCUAACUUCUUUGCUCAAAUGUGAGCCUGUAUUAUAAAUGGAGAUGGAUGAUGAACUUGAGAAAUUCAUCCAGCAACAGAAGGACAGAGUGGCCGAGGAUAAAGCCAGCUUGGAACAGGAUCCACCUUACCUUGAAAUAAGGACAAAAGACUACAAGGCCCGUGACCCCACAUUCACAAAUAUCCGAACAUUUAAGUCAGCCACAGAACAAGGGAAGGAGGAGAAUUGUUGUCUAAGUUUACCUUUGGGUGAAGACUAUGAGAGGAAGAAACAGAAGUUACAGCAAGAGCUCCGUCUGGACUACAGACGCUACGUGGCUCAGAAAAAACAUCUCAAUGCUGCAGAACCAGACCCAUCCCUUCCCAUUGGUGAGAGGAGAGCUGCUAAGGAGCAGCUUGCUUCUCUCAGAGCUCCUCCAGAAAUACCUGUUGUCCACUGCAGCCCCCGACCCCCGGUGCACCCCAAGCAGGCCCCCUCCAUGAGAGACGCAGCCACGCUGACAGAAGGAAGGAGGGGACUGCACAGGGGAGGACGCUGCCUAGUGGAGGGCAGGAGGAUGGAGGGCCUGUGGACUGAGGAUGAGCUGCUGCUUCCCAGAGAGAGGGCCAGGUUGGUGAGAGUAGACUUUGACUCUGAGGCAGACCUCACAGAGGAAGAGCUGGAUCUGAUGAUGAGAAGGAGACCAAGGCAGAUGAGGCUAGAGAGAGAAGAGAGGACGUGGCAAAGAAGACACUACAAAACAGACUUAAGGGACAUAUCAAGGUUCAGGGACAGAGGUGCUGAACUGCCUGACUACACAGAGAGUAGUCAAUAUGCAGACAGGAAGGAGACUAACGGGUCUGUUGUUCCUGAUGAGGAUUAUUUGGAGGCAAGCCGGGGGACAUCCUCUCCAACCCCCAAACCCAAGCUGCAGGUACCAGCAGGGAUGAGACCCAGUGGAAGAUUCAGAUCCUCUACCAAGAAGGACGAGGUUGAAUUCGUUACCGGGCUUAUGAUUGGGGCUGCAGAUGCAGCUGCUGCCUUGCAGGGAAGGAAGGAGAGGUACAGGCAUGAGCUGCAGGAGCAGAUAGCUGAACAGCAAAGAAAUAAGAAGAGGGAGAAGGAUUUAGAGCUCAGAGUUGCUGUGACAGGGACAACUGACCCGGAGGAAAAGGCAGAUCGGAUCAAACAGUUUGGAGCAGUGAAUAGUGAUGACCAUGCCAGAAAGAGAAAAGACAGCUUGUACCCACCAGGCCAAGCUGUGGACCUACCAGGGGAUGAGUUGAAUGAGAGACCCAGUGAGGAAAACAGAGAGAGGCUUCCCCCUGAGCAGCCCUGCGUGGCCUUCCAGUCCCCCCUGCUGGACUACAGCCACACCCUGGGCCUCAACAGUGGAGGCACCUCCCCUUAUAGCCAGGCCAUUCACAGGAGCAUGGACACUCCCAGUUUCAGGAUGGCAGGUUUCCUUCCUCAUCCACCAUCUACAUUGGCAGAUGCAUAUAGAAGUCCCUAUGAUGAGGCCCAUCUCUACUAUGGUGCAAGGAACCCACUGGACCCUAACCUGGCCUACUAUGGUCAGAUCCCGCUGACAGGAGGGGUGCAGCCCAUGUCCUACCUCGGCCUUCCUCCUGCAGGGCCUCACCCCAGCCAGAUGGGUCAACACAGCCCUCACAGCCAUUACAAUGGGAGCAGCCAUCCAGAGCCCCCUCCACACAGACCUGCCAGUGAUGCUGCUACCAUGGGUUCAGGGAUUGGAGUAUUCCCUGCAGAGCAGGUCAAGCCAUCUAAAGAGAGUGUGUUACGUUACAAGGAGGCACUAAGACAACAGGGAGACCCCAGGAAAGGGAGGAGUCAGAUUUUUUGCCAGAUCCAGGAGAGACGAGAGCGGCGGAGGCUGGACAGGGAGGAGACAGAUCGCUACGAGGCCAAGCUGGAGGCAGACAUGAAGAACCACGACCCCUGGGGAAGAGGAGGAGGAGGAGCCCCUCUCAGAGACAGCGGGGGCAACCUCAUCACCGAUCUGCACCAGAUGCACAAGCAUAAUGAAGAGGCCUACAUCAACCCUGAGACAUGGCAGAAGAGUGCAAGAGCCACUGUGGCAGUGCCCCGAGAGGACACUAGACCUCCCUCCACCCACAGAGUCUCAGGUUUUGCUCAGGCCCCUUCGUUUGCCAGAGGCAGUAUUUUUGGGAACCUGCCCACACCACAGCAGCUCCAUGAACAGGAAAAGUACAAGGCUUACCUCAAACAACAGAUUGAGGAGAAGCGGAGGAAGGAAGCGGAGGAGCGAGAGUGCCAGAGGCUGCAGGAGGAGAAGGAGGAGAAGAGGCUGGCUGAGCAGAGGGAGCGCAUCCAGAGAGAGUAUGAAGAAGAACAGGACAGGAAGAAACGCAAGGAGAUGGAGCAAAAAGCCAAGAAUGAUGAGCUGAUCCGUCUGGCUGAGGAGCGAAAGAAAGAGGUGGAGAGGACGAAGAAAGAGGCAGAGGAGAAGGAGAACUCUGCCCUGAGGAAGCAGGAUGAGAAGGAGAGAUGGGCACGCCUACAGGAGGUACCAAGGGAGCCCUCUCCCCCCAUUCCCACCCUCCAAAAGAGGCAUCAGGCUCCCCAGUACAGCCCCAGACCUCCGUCCAUGGACAGCCAUCGCGUUACUACUGUCCCCCUGUCUGAGCGCUCUCUGUCAGGCCUCCAGUCCCCCCCAGUCCCGGCUCGCAGGAACCAGCUGAGAGCCGCCGAGGACCAGCGGGGUGUGAUCAGCGAGCUGUCCGAGCUGCGUAGACAGCUGCGUAGCGAGCAGAAACGACUGGAGGGCCAGCUACUGCAGUCAGAGUGGGAGGAGCUGGACUCUCCAAUGAGUGACAGGCACAGGGAGCAGCCCCAGGUGGAUGUGUUUGACAUGGCCAGACUGCGGCUGCAGGCCCCAGUCAGGAGACCCUCCUCCAGGAACACAGAGCCCAAAAACCUGCACAGGAUCCACGACUCACUGCAGUUCAGAUACAGAGAUGUUGACUCCAGAGAGGUGGAAGGCCAUGGUUACUGUGAGCACCCUAGCGACAGGGAUGGACAGAGUGUGGACAUCCAGAGACAGGCAGACUACAGGGAGGAGCUACGCAGGAUCAACGACAGCCUGAGGAGGAAACCUGCCGCCGAUUAUUUUCACUUGUCACCACCCCAGCAACAAAACCAUUAUUUGAGGAAUGCAGUGGGGGAUCCUAUGAGAGGUUCCCUGUUGGAGUCUGACAGUGCCUUCAUUGAUCCCAUGGCUGAAGCCUUCCCAGUGUCCCCCCCACCUGUACAGAAGCCCCAGCUCUCAGCCAGGGAGAGGAGGAGGCUGGCCAAGAGGGCAGACCUGCACAAUGAGCGGGGGAGCUCCAGAGAGCCUGUUGGCCAUCCAGAGAACUACUCCCGCCAGUCAGAGGCCAGUCUCAACACACAGCAGCAUGGUAGAGAGCCUAACCACCAUAGGACCAAGAGGCUGCUGGCUAUGAGCCGCCAUGGCCUCAGAAGAGCAGACCUGUCUGGUGAUGAAGAUAUGUCUCCGCAGGUUUCCCCUCGCACCCCGCACACUCAGGGCUCCGUGGAUACGGUUGCCACGGAGCCGUGGAUGAGGCCAGGCACCUCAGAGACGCUGAAGCGCUUAAUGACUGGUCAGACCCCCUGCAGGGAGAGGCUGGCCAGCAGAGAGUCUACCGUGCAGGACUGGGAAGGCCCCUCUACCUACCAUGGCUAAUAUAACCAUCUCCGCUCUAACACGGUCACUCAAAGCACUUUGGUCCCGUACACACUCAGGUUGUACAACUGAUGCACAACGCUUAACAUGUGUUAUACCUGAUUUUCUGAGGAAAAAUAGCCACACAAUGGUGGUGUAAACAUUUCUGUGAAGAAACUUGUGUAAAAUAUUGAUUUUGCAUUGUACAACCUGAGUGUGUAGGGGACCUACGUUUGUACACUGCCCUCACUUGGCUUGAUGCAUCCACAUCAGUGGUCAUGCUGACAGGAUCUCCUCAGCAGAGAAGGAUCAUCUGCUUUAGCUUCUAGAUCGAUGUGUCUACUAACUUAACCCUUUACUUUUGCAGUGCUUGACUUGUGUAUCAUGGUCUACCUCAAAAUACCUCUUACAAUGCAGAAUUAUGAGCUUCUUAUGAAAAAUGCAUAGAUUGUACUUUCAUGGACCUGUAAUGAAAAAUAUGCAGAUUGUCUCAGAAUGGUUAGUAAGUACAAGAGAGAAACUCCAUUCCAGGCAUUUUCUCCAGUCAAGCACUAUUAAAGUUGAUUAGUUAAAUCAGGUGUGUAAGAGGUGGGCUGGAACAAAAGCCUGCAGCCUCAGCUGCCAUCCUCUAAAAGAACAAUGUGCUAGGGUUGCCUUAGGACUUAAUUCUGUAUCGCUGACAUGCAUCGGUUACUGUAAAUGCAGUUUCCGAACAUUGCGUUUAAAUUUCAGUCACGCUGAACUUCUGCAAUACGGAUUGAAUAGAGCUCUUAGUCUUUGAAACAGUUCAGGAUAGCUUUCUAUAAUAAUAGCACUACAUUUGUAAUGUAAAUUGUUCAAAUGGCAUUUUUUAUAUGUACCGUGUGUAAAAUGUUUGGCCAAGAUGUGACCUCAUUUUCAACUUAAUAAAAUAAACUAUAUUUUAA